AUGGACCUGGAGGGAGAAACCUUCCAUCACCCUUAUUCUCCCUAUGAGACGCAGCUGCAGUUCAUGCGCGCCCUGUACACCUGCUUGGAAGAGGGAAAAGUGGCAGUGUUCGAGUCGCCGACUGGCACUGGAAAAUCACUAAGUCUGAUCUGUGGCUCUUUGACAUGGUUGCGCGAUCACAAACGAAGGGCACUCCAAGAAGCGGUCGAUAAGACCGGAGGCGACGAUGACGAUCCGGAUUGGAUGGUCGAGUUCGCAAAGCGCGAGUCGAGCCGGGCAGCCACAGAGAAGAUCCGGGAAUUUGAGAAGCGCCUGGCGAAAACUCGGCAGGCAGAGGAGAGGCUGAGACGGGGGCAAGAGAGCAGCCAACGACCACAAAAGAGACAGAAAGUAGAGUCGGAAUCGGUGGAUGAUACCCUUCAAAAUGAGAGCCAGUUCGCGCUGGACGACUACGAGAGCGAUCGGGAAGAGCGAUCAGGGCCGUUAGCAGAGCCUGAACAGUUCGAGGGCCUGUCUGCGGACACCCUGGCUCUCCUGGAGCGCUUCAAGGGCAAAGCUUCAGCCGUGACAGAAGCCGAAGACUCGGACGACCAGGAUGUAAAGAUUUUUUACUGCUCGAGAACCCACUCCCAGCUGACACAGUUUGCCCAUGAGCUACAACGAGUCACUAUGUCGUCCAGCCUACCCAAAGACUUAAUUGCAGAUGCUCUGGGAGAGGACACGGAGCUGGCGGAGCGAAUAAAGCAUCUAUCCCUUGGGUCUCGGAAGAAUCUUUGUAUCAACCCCAAGGUUCUUGCCCUGGAAAAUCCAACCGCAAUCAAUGAGCGUUGCCUGGAUCUACAGAAGCCAGGACAGUCCGCUGACAAGAAGUGUCCAUAUCUGCCUUCCAAAGAUACGGACGCAAAGAUUCUCGAGUUCCGUGAUCAUACCCUGGCCUCGAUCAAGGAUAUCGAAGACAUUGGCAAAGUCGGGAAGCAGCUUGGUAUUUGCCCUUAUUAUGCAUCGCGUUCAGUCAUAAAGAAUACCGAGAUUGUGACUCUUCCAUACCCACUGUUGCUUCAACGAUCAGCCCGUGAAGCUCUUCAUCUUUCCCUGAAGAAUCACAUCGUCAUCAUUGAUGAGGCUCACAACCUCAUGGACGCUAUAUCAAAUAUUUACUCCGCCAAGGUCACACUGGUUCAACUACAAACAGCAAUUUCCCAGCUGACAACAUAUGCCCGCAAGUACCAAAGCCGUUUGAAAGGCAAAAACCGGACCUAUGUCGCUCAGGUCAUUAGAAUGGUCAGCUCGAUUGCGGUCUAUCUCAAAUCUAUUCAGGAAAAGAAAAAUCCACAAGAGGGCACCCUUCAGGCCUCGGACCUCAUGUCUGGGAAGGGAGUCGACCAAAUCAACCCUUAUAAGUUGUCUCAGUAUCUCCAAGAGAGCAAGCUGGCAAGAAAAGUCGACGGAUAUAUCGAAUUCUCCAAACAAGAACCUGGCCAUGGCUCUAAAGAGAGAAGCCAUACGCCGGUUCUUUUUCAUAUCCAGAGCUUUUUGCUGACGCUUAUGAACCCUUCUGUGGAGGGCCGCCUGUUCUACCAUCAACUCCAAGGGGACGUGCAACUCGAAUAUAUGCUUCUUGACCCUACCAAUCAUUUUCGAGAAAUCGUAGAGAGUGCUCGUGCGGUAAUACUGGCUGGUGGAACUAUGUCACCGAUGUCAGAUUAUCUCAACCACCUUUUCUCCUAUGUUCCAAAAAGCCGGAUAGAUACAUUUAGCUAUGGCCACGUUAUCCCAUCGGAGAAUCUAACGGCACAGUCCCUUGUAAGAGGCAUUCAAGGAUCUGAAUUCGACUUUACCUUUGAGGCGCGUUCGUCAGAAAAAAUGAUCAUCGAUCUAGGACGAACCAUUUCAGCCCUAUGUGAAGCGAUUCCCGAUGGCGUUGUUGCAUUCUUCCCAAGCUACGACUACUUGGAUCACGUCAUGUCGGUAUGGAAAAAGCCUUCGACGAGUGAACCAGGGCAAAGCAUACUCAGUAUGCUUCAGAAAAAGAAGCCUGUUCUAUAUGAGCCUCGAGGCGGAACAAUGAAGACAGAAGAGUUGCUCCAGGAGUAUUCCAAUGCCAUCGAAACCGGCUCGGGGGCUCUUCUCCUGUCCGUGGUGGGUGGCAAGUUAUCAGAAGGCAUCAACUUCUCCGACAGGCUAGGCAGAGGGGUUUUAAUGGUCGGCCUGCCGUUUCCGAACAUACGAAGUGCCGUCUGGCAGGCAAAGAUUCAAUACGUGGAAACCAGAGCCUACGAGCAAGCGUCUGGGCCCGAGGACGCGAGGAAACAAGCGUCUAAAACGGCGGGCAGGGAAUUCUACGAGAACGCCUGCAUGCGAGCCGUCAAUCAAUGCAUUGGCCGUGCCAUCAGGCAUCUGAACGACUACGCUGUCAUCGUGAUGAUUGACAAGAGAUACAAUUCAACACGUAUCCAGGCGAAGCUGCCUGCAUGGAUCCGCCAAAGUCUCGUGCCUGGCACUCCAGACCGCCGAACACAAGCAGUCGUGCAGGACUUGUCUCGUUUUUUUGCGAAACGAGGCGCUUCAUAG